AUGAUCUGGAAACUUCCAAAACAGGUGCAAAAUGCAGUUGAUUUUUUGAAGAUGAUUGGAGCAUUAGAUGAGUAUGAAAACCUCACACAUCUUGGAGAAUUUCUGUCAAUCCUCCCUGUAGAUCCCAAGCUAGGGAAAAUGUUAAUCAUGGGUGCAAUCUUCCAGUGCUUUGAUCCUGUUUUGACAACUGUGGCUGGACUUAGUGUCAGGGAUCCUUUUCUUUUGCCUCAAGAUAAAAAGGAUUUAGCAGGAACAGCGAAGUCCAGAUUCUCUGCAAAGGAUUACAGUGAUCAUAUGGCUCUUGUCCGUGCAUAUGAAGGAUGGAAAGAGGCAGAAAGAGAAGGAUCAGCUUACGAGUAUUGCUGGAGGAAUUUCCUCUCUUCUCAAACACUUCAAGCUAUGCAUUCUCUACGGAAGCAGUUUAGCUUCAUUCUGAAAGAUGCUGGAUUGCUAGAUGCAGAUGUUGGCACUAAUAACAGAUUAAGUCACAACCAAUCAUUGGUUCGUGCAAUUAUAUGUUCUGGUCUCUUUCCUGGAAUAGCAUCUGUAGUGGUAAG